AUGGAGGCAAUAGUACUAAAGGUGAUGAAGAAGUACUUGAAGUUGUUCAUCAAGAACUUCACACCGGAUAACUUCUCAUUGUCAUUGUUGAAGGGAGAGGGUCAGUUGGUCGACCUCCAACUCAAUGAGAAUGUCAUCCAGGAGCUACUACUCUUGCCACCACAACUACGCGUUACACUAGCUCGCUGUGACACACUCACUGCCCGCGUGCCAUGGACCUCCUACAAGAAGGAGCCCAUCACAAUGGCCAUGAACACCAUCACCGUCCAACUCAAAGAGCCCGAAACAAUCGAGCCAAUGCAGCCACAGUUAAAGAAGUUCAAGAAGAAGAAUAAGAAUAAGAGGAAUGAGGUCACUGAGAAUAUGAUGGUGGAAGUGAAGAGGAUGAACUUGUCUGUGUCGACAAUGCGCGGAGAGACAUUGAUUGUGGACGUGGAGGAUGUGUUGGUUCAGUCGACCAACUCAAACUUCCAACCGGGCGACCUCUCCUCGAUCAAGUCGGUCGAUAAGGAGCAGGGCACCGAGUCACUCUUCAAACUGAUCACUGCCAAGUCAAUCUCAAUCAAGAUUCAAGACAUGGGCGGCAUGACCUACAGUGUCAUCGACAACAUCCCUCUCAAGGUGUUGUUCUCAUCCAAGAGGAGAAGCAAGGAUUGGAUACAGUUGAGUGCAAAGGUGGAGGUACUGCUUGGAUUCUUGCAGUUGAACUGGAGUUUGUCACAGUGGCACUUGAUAUCGGAGUUGGUAGCAACAUUCCAGACGAUACUGGCGCGUCAUGCACCCCCACCUAUCGCAUUGGAAGACCCCAAGGCUGUUGCCAAGAGGGAGAAGUCUGCCUCCAAGAAGCACAAGAAGACAUCUUCGGCAUCCUCAUCAUCUACGCCCGCCUCGACAAGUGGCACAUCAUCGCCUGGCACGCAAAGCGGAUCAUCAUCGCCAGCCCUCAAGCGUUCCAGCAACGUUGACCCGCCCGAGGUCAGUACGCCACAGACCCCGCACGGAGAUGGCGACCUUCCCGUGCCCAAGCACUCAGACUUCACAUAUGACUUCCACAUUGACAAGUGGAGACUGGACCUUGUGGACAAUCAGACACAGGAUACAGGCUAUGACAGUGGAUUCCAGUUUGAGGGCGAUGGACUACAUUUUGGAUUCACCGCAUCAAACGUGAACUACAGACCAACAGAUGAGAAUGGCGCAGUGAUCUACUCGUUGCCAAUCCGCGAGAGUAUAGUGUCGGUGGUGAUGAACAGCCUUCAGGUCAAGGAGAUGGAAUCAUUCCAGCGACGUGUGGUGCGUCGUGAGCUCUGUGGACAGAACGAAGACAUCCCGCCACAGACCCAGACGCUUCGCAAGUACGACAAGACGAUCACUUCGAUCUCGUCGGACGGCAUCAGCGAGCGCAUUCAGAUCCAUCACUACCAGGGACCCUACCUGCUCAAGGGCAACUUCAUCUUUAGGAAGCCGAUCAGCACGGACGAUAACCCCGACCCACUGGCGCGUCUCGUCGCGCCGGAUGGCCGACCGCUCCAGCCGCUCAUCGGACUCGAGCUUAACCUGCACCUCAACCACUUCAAGCUGACGGCCGACCGCCCGGCCUGGAAGCAGUUGAUCGCGUUCCUCAUGCCACCCGAGAACGCCGAGACCGACUCUGAGAGCGACUCGAGCUCCUCGUCCUCGGUCAUCGAUCCCAAGUUGGACGCGUCCACUGGUCAGGAAGGCCAGAACGGUGUGUUGGAGAUCCCUCUCGACGCAGCCUCAAGCAACAACAACAAUGUUAGGAGCAGCAGUGGCAUCACAAAGCAGACAGAUCCAUUCGCCAUCAAGAGGACAAUGGUAGAGUCAGGCAAGAAGAAGUUGAACAAGUUUAGGAACAAGUUCAAGUUGGGCAGUAACUGGAAGAAUCAGAUCAAGAUCGUACUGAAGGCUUCCGACACGGUGGUGUUCAUACCCGAGACUGACGCAUCUGAGCAUCCAGACUUCACGGCCGUGGCCAUGAAGCUCAAGCUUGGCACAUUCAUGAUGCGCAAUCACUCCGACUGGAAGACCGUACCACACCUCUACGAUGGCCUUCAAAUGAUUGACACCAACGUCGUCCCUGAGCCCGUCACUCUUUCCGGUCUCGACCACAGAUUCUCAUUUAAGAUGGAGAACAUAUCAUGUAUUAUUAUUGAGAAUGGAGUGACUAGCUCCAUCCUUCAGCCAACAUCCAUAAGCCUCUACCUCAGAGUAUCAAGAUCAACCUAUCAGUUGAAUGAGAAGAGGAUACCAAAGAUCGAUCUAUCAUUCAUUUCAUCAGACUUUAACUAUAGGAUGACGAAGGACCAGUCACAGUACUUGGACUUUGUGGGCAAGAAGUUCUUGUCACCUGAGCGCAUGAAGGACCUUAUGCACUCGCGCGUCCAAAAGAUCAAGUCGGUGGCCAAGAAGAGAUUGGCCAUCAUGAAGAAUCAGAACAUGGACAAGACGCUGACCAUCAAGAACAAGGUGGAGAAGACUCUGCAGCAGUACCACUGGAACGUCUAUGUGUGCAUACAGAAGGGCGUCUUCCAUCUGCCCCUGCAGCACUUCCUCGAGCCCAAGUCCAAGAUGCAGGAGAUCUUCACCGACGUGGCCAACGCGCCAGUGUCUGACGGCAACCUGCUGACAGAGUUCAAGGUUGAGAUGAUGGGCGUGGCGCUCCAGAACAAUCAGCACGGACAGAGCAUCGUGUUCAAGAUUGGCACGUUCGAGGCGCUCGGCAUCGAGCAUCCCAAGCUGACCACAUCGACCACACUGCGUCCGCUGCCCGUCCCCGAGGACGAGUACAUCCCGUCGCGUCAAGCAGACAACACUAAUAUGUUGAUCACAUACCGUCGUCGUCAGAAGAAGGAUGCCAACAACACAGUGGCCGUCGACUCUGAGCUUGAUGACUGGCUGGCCGAAGUCAACGUUCGACUCCAAGGCAUGCAAGUUCUCGUUCUCAAGAAGAAGGGCAGUUCACAUGGAGCAUCCAAGGGUGCCAACUCUGGCCUCAAGUUGCCCGACAUCCAAAGCUUCAUCACCAAGAUGGUUCAGACCCUAGACGAGAAGAAGGAGGACUUUGACAACAUCAAGAAGGGCAUCAAGAAGGUUAAGCUAGACUUGGUUUGGGGCGUGGAGCUUGGCAACUGUGAGAUAUUGAUGGGCAACAAGUCAAAGGAUAACAACCCUUACAGACCAAAGGGUGUGAUUAGGAUAACGGACACCAAUAGGAAGACCAAUGCCAGAGCAUACAAGGAUAUUGAGCAAGAGUUACUCAAGAAGACCUUGGAGUCUGCCAAGUCCGAGGAAGACACCGACUACUACAACAACAAGAUUGCACAACUACAAGCCGAGAUUGAGAAUCUAAAGAAACAAGCGAAUGAGGAGUUGCUGUCGUUGAAGCAAGAGUAUAUGUCUUUAGAGGGCAAGUUCAUUCAGACCAAGAUGGGUCUGGCAGACAUGGAGAAUGAGAAUGACUCGCUGAAGUUUGAAUUGAAGAAGUACCAGAAGAAGUAA